CACCGUGUGUCCAGACCACAGCCAAUGAGUUACGGACUUCGAGCCUGAAGCUAAAACAUCAUGGAGUCCAACCUGAACAGAAUGAAGCUCUGCCACAUGAUCCUGACGCUGCUCGCCGUCCCAGUGUGCUUUGGGCUUCCAUCAGUCUUCCUCAGUAAGACUGAGGCAAACCGGGCAUUAACGCAUCGUGUCCGACGGGCAAACUCCUUCCUGGAGGAGCUGAAGCUGGGCAAUCUGGAGAGAGAGUGUCUUGAGGAGAUCUGCUCUUAUGAGGAGGCCAGAGAGAUCUUCACCGUCCCCGAACAACUGGAAGAUUUCUGGAAGAGAUACACAGAGGUGGAUCAUUGUCAGUCGGGACCGUGUCAGAACGGAGCCACGUGUGUGGAUCAGAUAAAUGCAUACAUCUGCAUCUGUCCAGUGAACUUUGAGGGGCGACACUGCGACAAAGAAAUAUUUCCACCCACUUCCUACGGAUGUUUGUACAAGAACGGCGGCUGCGAGCACUUCUGUGUAGAAAUCAGUGAUUCGACCCAUCGCUGUGAUUGUGCACCUGGAUACACACUACACAUAGACAACAGCAGCUGCGUGCCGCAGGAUGGAUUCCCGUGUGGAAGGCUGGUGCCGAAUGGUGUGGGUCCGAGGAUAGUGAAGGGCGACGUGUGUCCUAAAGGACAGUGUCCGUGGCAGGCUUUACUACAGCAUAAGGAACAGUAUAAAUGCGGUGCCGUUAUUCUAGAUUCCCAAUGGAUUCUCACCGCAGCUCACUGCGUUUGGGAAAAGGAUCCAAACAUCUUACAAGUAACAGUUGGUGAACACAUCCGUGGGAAAGACGAAGGAACCGAACAGACGAGGAAAGUGUCUAAAGUGUUCAUCCACCCACAGUACAACCACUCCAGCACUGACAGCGACAUCGCCCUGCUGCGUCUGCUCAGCCCCGUCAUGCUAGACGCCUUCACUAUUCCCGUCUGCCUUCCUCCCGUUAACGGCACCUUCGGACGUACCAUUGGAGCCAUUCGCAUGUCCACUGUCAGCGGGUGGGGUCAUCUGUCGCAGUCCGGUCCGUCGUCUCCGAUUCUUCAGCGGCUGGAGGUGCCGAGGGUCUCGUUAGACGAGUGCAAGGCAAAGUCGGGCCUGAAGGUGACCAGGAACAUGCUGUGUGCCGGCUUCAUCGAGGGCGGCCGGGACUCCUGUCAGGGGGACAGCGGAGGGCCGCUGGUCACCCGCUAUAAGAACACAUGGUUUCUGACAGGGAUUGUGAGUUGGGGCAAAGGCUGCGCACGCACUGACGUCUACGGCAUCUACGCGCGCGUGUCUGUCUUUGUGGAGUGGAUCAUGAAGACUGUAGCCGCCGCAUGAAUUCAAGAGUUUAUGAAUGUUGUUAAAGGUGAAGUGUGUUCAGAUUUCAGUCAGUGAAGGGGCCGUUCACACAGAAUACGUGGGCAGUGGGGACAACAAGACUCGUUUUUAAGCGUUUUUAGAAAAGCCUGUCAUGGACAAGACGCCGCAAAAGACACGAAGAGAUGAUAGCAUGUGUCAUGACAUGGAUUUUUACAAUAAUUUUAAUAUGCUCCUUGAAUUUUACUUAUAAUGUUAAUAAA